CCUGCCUGCCUGCCUGCCUGCCUGCCUAAUAACCCCUAAUAAAACCUAAUCUUAAUAAUACCCAGCUCCCAAAGCCUUUUUUUGCUCUUUCCAACUUUCCAACUUUUCCUUUCCCUUUUCUUUUCCCUUCUCCAUCAAUUCCAUCCCGCCACUUUUUUGUCCCGUCCAAACCUUACUAUCGCUUAUUAUGUCUGGUCGUGGUAGAGGUGAUAGAGGCGGAGGCGGUGGUAGAGGUGAUAGAGGUGGUGGCGGUGGUAGAGGUGAUAGGGGUGGAGGUGGCGGUAGAGGUAGGGGUCGAGGCGGCUCAUACCAAGGAGGCCGCGGCGAUGGAGGUGGAGGCGGAGGCGGAGGCCGCGGUGGGUUCCGUGGAGGCUCAUUUUCAGGCGGUUACGGCGGUGGUGGUGGUGGCGGCGGUUCGGGGGGCUCGGGUCUCCCCGCAUACCCUGGGUUAAAUGGAAUCCCGGUGCCGGACCCUAACGUUACGAGAACUGAGGAUGCCCUUCAAGCCAGCAAAACAUCUGUUGACUUGUCCAGCCUUAGCCUUGCUGACAAUUUCCCUACUCGGCCGAGCUAUGGAACCAAAGGACUUCCUGUCGUACUAUGGGCUAAUUACUUCACACUCACAGUCUCGCCCAAGCUAGUGCUUCACCGUUAUGACAUAUCAGAAGUGGACCCUGCUGUCACGGGCAGGAAGAGAACUCAAACAAUUCGCCUGCUUCUGGAAACCCCCCAGUUAUCACCAUUCAAGAAUGACAUUGUAACGGACUUCAAGUCGACUCUCAUCUGUCGGCAGAACAUCAAAGACCAGGACAUUGUGGUUACCUAUCGAGGGGAAGGUGAAGAUGAUCCUCCCGAAAAUCCUAAGCUUUACACUGUCAAGAUGCGGUUUACAAAUACGCUAUCCAUUUCGGCGUUGAAUGAUUUCCUCAACUCUACCAACUUCUCCGACAAUUAUACCGAGAAGUUGCCGACCAUACAAGGAAUCAAUAUAUUCCUCAAUCAUUACGCCAAAUCGGCUGGGAACCUGGCCACAAUAGGUUCAUCUAAGACAUUUUCCCUGAGCGAUAAGUCUGAUACAUAUGAUCUUGGUAGUUGUCUGGUGGCUAUGCGUGGUUUCUUCGCUAGCGUUCGUGCAGCGACGGCUCGCAUCCUCGUCAAUGUAAAUGUGAGCCACGGAGCAUUCUAUCCCGAGGGCCCGCUUGAUCAGCUUAUCAUGAAGUUUGGAUCCGGAAGAGGCUUGUACAAGUUGGAGCAAUUUCUGAAGUCGCUAAGGGUCAAGACAACCCAUCUUAAGGAAAGGAAAAACAAGUCUGGUAAGGUUAUUGAACGAACCAAGACUAUUUGGGGCUUAGCCAACAAGAAUGACGGUUACAACAGCCCUCACCCCCCUAUAGUGAGGGCGUAUGGGGCUGGGGCAAAAGAUGUCCAAUUUUGGCUGGAUGAAAAGCCCUCGUCGAAGUUGCCGUCUGACGCCUCGCCUGCGGGAAAGAAGAAAGGUGGAAAGGGACCGAAACCACAGGGUAAGCCUGCUGCGACUGGGGGAAAGUACAUCUCUGUUUAUGAUCAUUUCCUCACGGCCCAUGGGAUCCGCGUGGACAAUCCGAAUCUACCAGUUGUCAACGUCGGGAAUAGGGAGAAUCCGUCGUAUUUACCUGCCCAAGUCUGCUAUGUCAUACAAGGCCAACCAGCUAAGACUAAACUCGAUCCGAGCGAGACCCAGAACAUGAUUCGGUUCGCCGUUCGUAAGCCCGUGGAUAACGCCUUGUCUAUAGUCAAAAAAGGUCGACAGACGGCGGGGCUAUCCCCUGACACGAAUCCUUUAUUGGAAAAAUACGGCAUUUCCGUCUCCUCCGACUUGAUAGCCGUCAACAGCCGUGUUCUUCAGGGACCGAAAGUUGUUUACAGGCAAAACCAGCCAGCACAAAUGAUGGCUGGUAGUUGGAAUAUGGUGCCGCGCAACGCCGCGAGCCUCAAAUUCCAUACUGGCACGGUACUGGAAAAAUGGUCUUGUUUAUAUGUUGAAAUGCCUGGAUACCCAAGAGCCCAGACAUUUACCUCCGACAGUCUCAAGCAGCUUGCCGCCAAGCUUCAUCUGACCCUGAUGGACACGGGCAUCAUGGCCAAGCCGCCCCUCCCACCACAAAAGCUUUUUCUAAAGGACACUGAUGACGACGCCCUCGAUAACUUCAUGAAAAUGGCAUCAGCAUCCUUAAAUCUCCUCUUCAUUAUUCUGCCAUCAACCCCUAUUCCUUUGUACUACCGUAUCAAACAGCUUGGGGACCUUAAAUAUGGUCUCCACACCAUUUGUAGCGUGGGCUCCAAAAUCUCCAAGACUUCGGGGCAAGAUCAAUACCUUCGCAAUGAGGCCCUAAAGGUCAAUCUGAAAUUAGGCGGCGACAACCAGGUAAUAAACCCGAUUAAUCUAGGUCUAAUUGCCGAAAACAAGACUAUGGUAGUCGGGAUAGAUGUAACACACCCGUCUCCCGGUUCAAGCAAGACAGCACCAAGCGUCGCUGGUAUGGUAGCAAGCAUCGACAACAAGCUCGGACAAUGGCCUAGUACGCUACAUAUCCAGAAGGGUCGGGAGGAGAUGGUAAAAGGCCUAAAAGAUAUGCUCAAGUCACGCCUCCGUUUAUGGCGCGAGAAAGGAAAACAUACAGGCUUUCCAGAGAAUAUCCUAGUAUAUCGUGACGGUGUAUCUGAAGGCCAGUAUCAGAAGGUCCUCGAUGAAGAGCUACCGCUACUACGUGCGGCAUGUGCAGAGACGUAUCCGCCACCGGACCAGAAAAAGGGCCUCCCGCGUAUGACUAUUGUCAUCGUUGGGAAGCGUCACCACACGCGCUUUUACCCAGUCAAAGAAGGUGACGCGGACCGCUCGGGAAAUACAAAGCCGGGGACUGUCGUAGACCGUGGCGUCACCGAAGCCCGCAGUUGGGAUUUCUUUUUACAAGCGCACGCAGCACUUCAGGGAACAGCGCGGCCCGGGCAUUACUUCGUCAUACUUGACGAGAUUUUCCGUCAACGAUAUGGUGUCGCGGGUGGUAAAUCCAAAGCACCAGGCCCUGCAAAGAACGUUUCAGACGAGCUACAAGAGUUGACACAGAGCAUGUGUUACGUAUUUGGCCGUGCUACGAAGGCUGUGAGUUAUUGCACGCCUGCGUACUAUGCCGACAUCUUGUGCGAACGCGCUCGGACUUAUCUUCAUGAUGUGUUCGAUAGCCCGGCCAACUCAGCAGCGCCGACGGUAACUAGUGGAACUGGUGUAGGUGCCGGACCUUCGCAGCAGGACGUUAAAGUUCAUCCAAGGUUGGAAAAUAGUAUGUUUUACUUAUGAUUCUAGACUAGAUGGUAUAGGCCUUUUUGCUACCUCGAAGUACCAUGACGGUACAGGGAAUUGUAAUUAAAGGAGGUACUUAAGAAGUAAAUUGAACACCUAUGUUAAAAUGUACUUCUAACUUAUAAGAGAGUAUUGAGUUGGUUUAACUACCUACCUUACCUACCUACCUAGGUAGGUGGGUAAUCUCGUAAAACAUUGAAUUAUUCGUUAUGGAGGCACCAAUCUGUAAAUGCGGCAUGGUUAAUAAAUUUUAGCGGUCUUAUCUCAUAUUUAUUACCUAUUUAAAGCCGAGUCUGGCUCUGGCACUGCAUUAGAAGCUUUUUGUAAGUG